UAAAGAUUGACAGCAGCAGAGCUGUGUAGUAUUGUUUGUUGCUGUUAAUCGGUGCGAUGUUGUCGGCGACGUUGUGGGUCAUCCCACAGAUAGUGUCUUCUUUCCCUCCCAAGUAUCCGCAAAAUAAGCAGCAGCCUACAAGACAACACCUGCUCAGACUAAGCAAUUCUCCAAACUUUCAGUUGCCAUGCCAUUCACUCACACACCCCCAUCUUCCUCCUCAUCCUCCACCCAUGGACCCCACCUGUCUUGCUCUCCAGCUUCAGUCCUCCUCUACUCUUCAACAUGUUCAUAUCAUUCACUCCAUCAUUACUAGGCGCUUCAUUCAUUCUACUUUCCUCUUUAAUAACUUGAUUUCUGCUUAUAUUAGAUUCGCCCAACUCAUUUCUGCCCGGAAUCUGUUUGAUUCUAUGUCUAAACCAAAUGUUGUUUCUUGGACGGCUCUUCUUAAUGCCUACAUUACUUUCGGCUUGGAUUACCAAGCCUUUAGCUUCUUGGCAGCUCUUUUUCAUUCCGGUAUUCUCCCCAAUGCUAACACCUAUGUUUGUAUCCUCAAUUUCUCUACUCGCACUUUGGAUUUUCGGCUUGGCCAACAGAUUCAUGCUCGGAUUCUUAAACAAUGCUCUACUAAUUUGAUUCUUGAUACCGCUGUUUUGUAUUUCUAUGCACAAUGUGGUGACCUGGGAGAUAUGUUUCGUGCAUUUCAACGCAUCAAACACAGGGAUGUAGUCAGCUGGACAACUAUCAUCUCCGCUUGCUCACAACGCCAGUUGGGCCAGGAGGCUUUUGCCAUGUUUUUGCAAAUGUUAAACCAAGGAUUCGCUCCAAACGAGUUUACGUUGUCUAGUCUUCUCAAGGCUUGUGGGGAUGAGCAGGCAUUGGGAUUUGGAAGACAGCUACACGGGGCUGUUGUUAAACAGAUAUGUAAAAAUGAUGUUUUUAUUCAUACUUCACUGCUUGAUAUGUAUGCAAAAUGUGGGGAGAUCGUGCAUUCCAGGACAGUUUUCAACUGCAUGACAAAGAGGAAUACAGUUAGUUGGACGUCCAUGAUAGCAGGCUAUGCUCGGAAUGGGUUUGGUGAAGAGGCUAUUCAUCUCUUUCGAGUGAUGAGAAGGCGAAAAAUAUCUGCUAACAAGUUGACCAUGGUCAGUAUCCUAAAAGCAUGCGGCCUUGCUAGGGAUUUAGUUACUGGAAAGGAAAUGCAUGCACAGAUAGUGAAGAAUUGUAUUCACGGUAACAUCUACUUGGGAAGCACUCUUGUCUGGCUAUACUGUAGAUGUGGAGAGUACACUACUGCAUAUCACGUACUUGAAGGCUUGCCUCUCAAAGAUGUUGUUUCCUGGACUGCGAUGAUAUCUGGAUGUGCUCGCCCAGGCCACGAGGAUGAGGCCCUUAGAUUUUUGAAAGAAAUGUUAGGGGAAGGUGUAGAACCUAAUUCUUUCACAUAUUCAUCAGCUUUGAAAGCAUGUGCAAAACAGAAAAACAUCUGGCAAGGAAGAUUGCUUCACUCUUCAAUUAACAAGACCCCUGCUUUGUCUGAUGUUUUCGUGAGCAGCUCUUUGAUUAAUAUGUAUGCCAAAUGCGGAUGUGUUUCUGAAGCAACCCAAAUUUUUGACAGCAUGCCGGAAAGGAAUUUGAUAUCUUGGAAGGCUAUAAUAUUAUGUUAUGCAAAGAAUGGGUUUUGUGGAGAAGCUUUGAGGUUUAUGUACAGAAUGCAAGUAGAAGGUAUAGAGGUGGAUGAUUACAUACUCUCAACUGUUCUGACUACAUGCGGAGAUUUUGGUUGGAGCAAGGAAACUUCUCUAGAAAAUUGUUUGCUUGCGAAUUAAACUCUCAGACAAGUUGGAUCAUGACACAAUGCAAAUGUCCGUUUUUACUACAUACUCUCAAACAAUAUGCACAGAAUGUUGUUAGGUCAUAUAAACUACUUCGCUACAAUAGUUAGAAUUGAGAAUUUUGCACGUUGGAGCCGCAAUGUUGAUAAUUUUAGCUCCAAUAUAUAUCGCAGAAAAUUGGGAUUAUAAAUAAGCAAUAAUAAGCUUAUCUUAAAAAAAAAAAGAGCAAUAAUAAACCAAGAUUUUCUUUUAA